GACAGCACAUAACAAAACGAACAUGUCUCGGAAUUUGGUCGCAGGCCAUCGAUUUAUUUAAUUUUCGUGAAUAUUUCUUUUGUUACGUUCGCAUUAGUAAUUAUACUUUAAUGGUAGUUUUGAUAUUUGCAGUUUUUUGUUCUCGUAACAAUCAAUUCCUGGCGUUACGGUCGCUCGCUUUUGUAGGGCGCAAUUUCGAUUUAAUAUUUUCAGUUAUUCGGGCUACAUUUUUGCGUAAACAAAAAUUUAAAGGACGUUAAUGGCUGUGAGCUGUAAUAUAUUAUCAUCUUCAUUAGUUGUGCGUAACGGGGUUUCAUGUUUAUGGCUGUUAGUUACGAAUGCAGGGGAGUGGACGCCAUGUUGUUAUUUACUCUUUGAUUUGUAAUCGUCGUGAGUCGUGAUAUGGGUUUAUUGUUAUUUUGCAAAGCGUCGGUUAGUGUGUGAGCAUGUUGGAGGAUGUACCCGUCCACGGCAGCCGGAGUGACCCCAAGGGCUCGAAGGUCUCCGCGCACCAGAGAAAUCUCAGCUUGGACUUUAGACAUGUGACGGGUGCCAGUGGGCCGCCGGCGGGAUGCGGCCACCAGCGGAACCGCUCGCUGGACUCCGUCCUCCAGCGGAUACCCGAGGACAUGACGCCGACGUCGCCCGAGGGCUGCCCCGGGCGGCUGCCCUGCGAGCCGGCGGCGCCGCGGCUCGCGCUGCCGCCCGAGGUGCCCGCCGGCUCCGACGACUCCGGCAUCCACACUCCCCCCGACGGGCCCGAGGACGACCGCCCCCCGCCGCCCGCCGCCGCCCGCUCCCGCGAGAGCCUCGACUCCGGCAACCCCGAAGACACCGACAAACCCCCCGAUCCGCCCGACACUAAUGAGACAAACGAAACAAAAUCCGAACCGGACCGGACCACGGACGCGGACACAUCGAAAAACAAAGACUUCCUACUCCGACUGUUCGAAAGCAAACUCUUUGACAUGAGUAUGGCCAUCUCAUACCUCUUCAACUCCAAAGAUCCCGGCGUGCAGGCGUACCUGGCCAACAAACUUUUCUCGUUCCCGCACGAGGACGUAGACUUUUAUUUGCCGCAAUUGGCGACCAUGUAUAUAGAGAUGGGUGAUGUGGCCGACGUCCUGAGGCCAUAUUUAGUGUUUAGGUGUAAACAAAGUGCGGAGUUUUCUCUGAGGUUGGCCUGGUUAUUAACGGCAUUCGGAGGAGACGCGAAGAGGUCGAAAGCGAUGAAGUUUAGAGAUUCAAUAUUGGCCGAGGAGAUCAGGCCGGCGGCGCGGCGCGGGCACCACCGGUCGCAGUCGGACGCGUCAGCGUUGCGGCUGGCGACGCCGUCGGGGCGCCACCUCGGCGACCUGGCCUCGGGCCGGGCCUUCGACAGCGGCUGCUUGUGCGGCGAACAAUGCUCCUGUGGAGCGCCGCGAUUAGCGCCACAAACCCAGUUUCUCAACGCCCUCACGAGCAUCGGUCGAAGGCUGGCCGGAGUGCAAGACAAAGAGCGAAGAAACGGACGGCUCAGGGCCGAGCUCGCUUCGCUGGACCUCAACCUGCCGGCCAGGGUGUGGCUGCCGCUGCACCAGCGCCCGCACCACGUGCUGAGGAUACCUUCGCAGGCUGCGGCCGUGCUCAACAGCAAGGACAAGGCCCCCUACAUAAUGUACGUGGAAGUGCUAGAAACAGAGGGCCACGAACCACUUCCCCCACGUCUACUCCCACCAGCGCCGCCCGCGCCCCACUCUCCCCCCAUCCGGCACACGAAGAGCGAAGAGAACCUCGUGCCGGAGUGGCCCGCGCUGUCCCUGUACUCGGCGCUGGAUGAUGUUGAUGCUGGAGAUUGUUGGAGUCAUGAUGACGAGGACUUGAGCCAGUACCCGGCGAGAGCGCCGCAGCCGGACAGCGUUUCACAGGUGUCAGCAGUAUCAGCACUGUCGGCGUCGUCAGCGGGAUCGCGAGAGUCGCUGGCGGUGGGCGCGGGCGAGGUGCGGCGGCGGCUGGCCGACGCCACGGCCGCGCCGCCGCCCAACACCUUCCGCCACGACCCCGCCGACCCCUCGGCGCUCGCGCUCAAGGAGUCCUGGGAAAGCAAGCUCGCUCGCAUGCGUUCCUCCUCCCCCUACGGGUCCCUGGCCGGCUGGCGGCUACUCGGCUGCAUCGUGAAAGUCGGCGACGACCUUCGACAAGAAAUGCUCGCCGCACAACUACUGCGAAGACUUCAGGCUGUCUGGGACUUGGAGAGAGUGCCACUCAAGUUGCACCCUUAUGAGAUCCUGUGUUUGGAUAAGGAGUCGGGUCUCAUUCAACCAGUACUAAAUUCUGUAUCGCUGCACCAAAUCAAGAAGCAAUCCGGCAAGUCGCUCCGCGCGUGGCUGGAGCUCGAGCACGGGCCCGCCACUAGCGAGGGCUUCAUGCGCGCGCAGAACAACUUCGUGCAGUCCGCGGCCGCGUACGCGCUCACCAGCUACCUGCUGCAGCUAAAGGACAGACAUAACGGAAACAUUCUGCUGGACAGUGCGGGACACAUUAUCCAUAUCGACUUUGGAUUUAUUUUCUCCAUUUCACCCAAGAACCUGGGAUUUGAGAGUUCACCUUUUAAGUUGACGCAAGAGUUCGUGGAAGUGAUGGAUGGCGAGAACUCGGACAUGUUUGGCUACUUCAAGAUCCUGAUGCUGCGCGGGCUCAUCGCGGCGCGCAAGCACUGCGACCAGAUCAUACACAUCGUCGAGCUGAUGCGCAUGUGCGGGCAGCUAGCCUGCCUGCGCAGCAGCACGGCGGUGUCGGGGUUCCGCGCGCGCUUCCACGCGGGCCGCACGGAGCCGCAGCUGCAGGCGCUCGUGGACCGCCUCGUGCGCGACGCGCUGCACUCCCUCUCCACCCGCCUCUACGACAACUACCAGUACUACACCAACGGGAUACUCUAAUACCACCCCACACAUUCAACUGAGAGUCUACCGAGAACAUUCAAAUAACGCUAUCUACCGCUCUUUCGCGCUUGCAUAUUCGAGCGAUAGAGGCAAAUAGACGAACGAGCGAAGUGGCUCGAGGUUGUAAUCGCGUCCCGAGGUAUCGGACAAAUUCGUGUGAGUUGACGUAACGUCGUCGUGUGACUUUCCGACGUAUCGACCAGUCACACGAUUUCGUUUGAUGCGUGUCACAAAUUUGUAGUAGUGUCGAAAAGAAAAUCUUGCCGAGAAAAUAGCAGAAUCCCGAGUGAAACUUGUCGUAGUAUCUAACGGUAUUGACAAUAAAAAAAAACAAUUUGAAAGGAACAUCGUCUAGUAAAGAUUGCAUAAAAAAUAAAUUACUAAUUAUUUUAAAAUUCUCUAUUACUGUACUAUUUUACUAAAGUGACACAAAUUAAUUUAAAUACAACUUAUAUUUUUACAUAGCAGCGCCGAGAUCAAACAAAAUCAAACUUAUAAAUAUGUAGUAUAUCAUAUAACAACAACUAUGACUAUGACAGGUAGUCAAAUACUGAGUUCCUUUUGUAUUUAACCACACUUUUAUCCUUUCAAAUUGUAAUACGGCUAUACUAUACUCAAUGUAUAUUUGGACUCUGACAAAAUAUCUGAGUGAUGUAGAUAGAAUAUUUGAAUGCGAAAUUGACACUAGAUUCCAUUCCAUCGAAUAUCAUAAAUUUAUUCACUUAGUUUUAAAAUUGGUUUAGAUUUUUCUAACGUUUUUCAAGCUACUUUCAAUAUAAGAAGUCAAUAUUAUCCGACUUAACAGAAUUAUAAACAAAAAUAGAUUGUAAAGUCUAGUUUAAUCCGUGGUUUAAAAUAUUUAGACUUAAUCCUUAUCCCAAUUUGAUUAGUAAAAGACAGAAUGUUCCGAUGUAGGAAAUAUUAUUAAGUUACAUCUUCGCAGAGACUUACGAGAUUGUCAUUCUGCUCUGACGAGGAACGCAGUAAUUACAUAGUCAGAAAUAUGUAUUCAGGUGUGUGACUUAUGCCAUGAAAAAGAGUAUAAAUACGUGUACAUAUUAUUGACUGGUUGCUUAACACGUUCCCUGUCCGGGUGCCCCCAAUGUGGGGUCAUGAAGCUUUGUUUCAGGUGUCCGUGCUUCCACUAUGGGUUCACAACUUCAAAGUGAAAGCACGCUUGACCGUGUGAUUUUGUCAUAUCAUUUUGUAUGGGGACAGUGAACGUGUUAAAGAUACUGCGUUGUUUUCGAACGUAUUGACGAGUCCGUCGGAGAUGUUCGACGUUUCGAGCCGCGAGCGGCUCUGUAGUUAGUGCCAUAGGGCCGGCGCAGACCUACAGAGUAGAGGAGAACGGAUAACUUGCGAAUGGAACCAUACUAUAACACACAAGGAUCAAAAUGCAACACAACUAAAAUCAGGUAUAUAUCAGUAUGUUGCGCAUUGCAGCGGUAUCAAGUUAGAAUUUAGUUUACUUGAUUCCUUUGUUCGUUCUUUUUAGAAACAGUAACUUUGAUGUUAAAAAAAAUGACACUUAAAUAAUUGCGUUUUAUUUAUUAGGUCUUUAUAGCCAUUAAAAAUGAUAAAUUCUCUCCGUUCGCCUCCCUCUAGGUCUGCGCGGGCCCACAUCCAGGUGUCAGUCGUUCUCUACCUGUUGUUUAGUUUGUUUGCUCAGCGGCCCCCCGGCGCCCGUCCGUAGCCGUAGUGUAGCGUCCGACCGACCGGGGCCGCACCUAUCCCUCACUUUCGGACACCCUGUAUAUAUUAACAAAAUUAUGAUAAUUUUCGCAUUGAGAAGACUGAUGUUCGAGCAUGAAGCGGUUUAGAUUUAGGUUUCUUAUCCUUGUAUUAAGUUUUAACGAUGUAUAUUGAAAUUAAUUGUGUACGAUGAAUUUAUGGAUAAACGCAGGUUCUAAAUAGGAAAGCCAAAGCAUUCGCGGAUGGACGCAUGGUGUGUAUCGGAAUAUUGUUGAUAAAUUAGAUAGCAUCACUGAAAUUGGAUGAGUAGAUAUAAAAUUGUGGCAGCAUGCAAAUAUAUGUAAUGUUAUGAUUCCUGUUGUAAGGACGGUUGUUGUUUGAUGUUGUAGCGAGCCGCGGUGCGCUAGAUAGGCUUGUGUAUCAUAACUAAAGGGAUAAAAUACGCAUUACUUUGUUACACAGAAAAAAUAUUUAGUUUUCUCGUACGUGAUUGACGUACGUUAUGUUGGGAUUGUUUCGUAAAUAAGCUUAGGGUAGUGUGGAAGGAGAAUGUUGCCAAAUUAUUACUGAGCAAGAAAGACAUGCUGAUAUUUUUCGAUAUAUCCACGAUUUCACUCUUUAACUUUCCUAAAUAUUGUAAUAGAAUUAACACAUUACCUACAUAGCAAUUAAAAGGGCCAUUGUAUAAUUCAAAGAUCACCAGACUUCAGGAAAAAACGUUGCUUUCAAAUAUCAAAAUGUACCUUAUGCAGUUGUUAUAAGGUGCCUUUUGAUAUAGAAAACCAAAUGUUUAUAUUUAAUUAUAUCAAUGACUUCAGUAAAAUCUCCCAAUUAUGUAAUUGUGUUUGGAGUGUGCAGUAAAAUCUCCCAAAUAUGUAAUUGUGUUUGGAGUGUGCUGUCCCCUUUUCAUCGUUUUAGAUCAGUGGUGGGCAAAGCACGGCCCGCGGGCCAUCUCCAGCCCGCGAAUGGAUUUUAUCCGACCCGCCGCCGGUCCUAUGAAAUAAUUAGUAUAUGGCAUUGGCCCACGAUUAUCACAAAUCAAAAUUUCUGGCCCCCCAUGAAGAAAGUUUGCCCACCACUGAUUUAGAUAAUACAUUUGCAGAAUACGGAAGAAAAACAGACAUUUUACAUAUCAAAAAAUAAAACUUAAGUGCCUAAAGAUAAGGUACAUUUUAUGUCAAGUGUAAAAUGAUUGUUUUUCCUCCAGAUUCGUCGUUUGAUAGUAAUAUUUUUGUGAAACAAUCUGGACUGUGAGUACGGUUAUGUGUCGAAUUGUAUUUUUGCGCGAGUUUUGUCGCUGUUGAGAUAUUGAACAUGUAGAUAGCUUAUAUCGGAUGUACCUUUAAUAUUUUACUCUUAAUAUAGUCUCAUUAUAUUCGUUUUCUAGAUAAAUUGAACUUGUAAAUAGAAUAGUAUUUGCUUGAUAAUUCGAUAAUGAUAAUAAUUACCUAUUCCAGUUAAGAAACAUAACAUCCAAAGUCCAAUAUUAGUAUUUUUCGUCAAAAUUAAUUCCAAUUUAUUUAUCAAAGUGUACAGAUAAUUUUAAGUAAGUACUAUAAUGUUUAUCUUAAUUUUUUAAAAUAUAUAUCACGAUUUUUUA